AUGAAGGUCUCUCCAGUCGUUCUGGCUCUGGCCAACCUGAUCUCGGCGGCGACAGCCCAGCUGAGUGACUUGCCCACAUGUGCCCAAAGCUGUGCAACCAACGCAAUCCCCAGCAACUGUGGCAUUGAUGUCGCCUGCAUUUGCAACAGUAGCUCAUUCUUAGCCAGCAUCGCUUGCUGCAUUGCAGGCAAAUGUGACGAGGCAGACCAAGAGAAGACCCUCAAGGCAGCCAAGGGAAUAUGCGCUGCAGGCGGCGUGACCGACAUUCCCACGACUGUCGCCUGCACAACUGGAUCAGCAGCUAGCGCCGCAAGCACUGCAAGCACCACAAGCACCGAUAAUUCAAAUUCUACUAUCACCAGCUCCUCAGCCUCGAAGACCACAGGUUCAAGCUCAGCCACAUCGGCCUCGGCCUCCACCUCCACUGCUGGUGCUAUUCUUGGCCAAGCCACAGACGUGUCUCUCAUGGCUGCCGCUGGAGUCGCCGCCGCUUUCGCCAUAUUUGUUUAA